AUUAUGCUAUUAGCUAUGGCGUUAACAUUAUUUGGCAAUUGUUUAGUCUUGCUUUAUGUCUGCCCUAAAAUUGCUAUAAGAACGGUUGCUGGUGGAUUAAUGACUAAUUUAGCUAUUGUCGACUUAUUAGUGGGUUGCUUAUUAAUGCCGUUUAAUGCGGUAUCAUUCCUUUUUUCUGGUUGGUAUUUUGAGCCAAGUACUUGCCAAUUUUUUGCUUUCGUCAAUACAACACUAUGCAUUCUAUCUACAUUAACGUUGUCUAUCAUUAGUCUUGAUCGUUAUAUCUGCAUAGCGAAACCUUUACAAUAUCACUCAAUAUUUACCAUACUCUCUAUACGCUUUAUUAUACCGUUUUUAUGGAUUAUUGCUUUGACAAUUGCUAGCUUACCAUUCUUCCAUAUUGGUCGAUACGCCUAUGUUAGUCAUGAAUUUCAAUGUUGGAUAUUACCUUCCUCCAGUAUUCGGUUAAUUAUAAUCAUUUUAAGUAUUUUAUGCUUUUGUGUCACCAUCAUUUUAAUUAGUUAUUCCCUGAUCUAUAAUGAAGCACGUAAAACCAAGCGUAGAAUUGCUUGUAUCAGUUCUAUUUCGAACAAUUCAUCACGUAUGCGCCAUUAUGACUAUAAAACGGCCAAAACUAUGUUAUUAGUGGUUGGCCUAUUUCUAAGUUGUUGGAUACCACGUACAAUAUUAUUGCUAUGGUAUACACAAAAUAAUUCUUCCACAUUUCAAGCUACAUGGCCGUUGCUGUGUACAUGGUUAGCUCUAACCAACUCUACUAUUAAUCCAUUUAUUUACUGUGUACAUAAUUCAUACUAUCGUAGUAUUUUAAUGAUGGCGUUG